AAACUAAACUAAACUUGUAGAGGCAUAAACUUGAACCAUGUUAAUGCUAGAAAAAUCUAUUUAAAGACUUUUAUUUUAAAAAAAGAGAGCAUAAAAAUAUGCGUUUGCCGGGAGUCGAACCCGGGUCUAUUGCUUGGAAGGCAAUUAUCCUAACCGUUGGACUACAAACGCAAUUGUGGAAAUGAAUGAUCUUUCAAAAAUAUUUCCUGGCUAGAUAGAAAUCUUUCAAAACCUACGACUACGAUGAAGGGUGGAAUUUUCCAACAGUUCUCAUGGAAUCGAGCUGCUGUAUCUGGAUGAGGCGAGUAAAGAUGGCGACCACCACCACUUCCAUCGUUUUCCGCCCCACAGCCUCGUCUUCUAUUUCACCGUUAUUCACUCCGCUACAUUCUUCCAAAUCGACGUUACCACUUCUUUCUCAUAUAUUUCACCCACGCCGUUCAAUUUCAGUAACUGCAACUCUUCCUCUUCAGUCUUCUCCGUCUCCGUUUUCCCAAACCCUUCAUCAUCAAUGUUCUUCUUCUUCUGAUGGUGGAAUUAAUCCUAAGGAUUCCCGAAAGAUCAUUCUGAAAGGAAUGAGAUACACAGAAUUCGAAAAUUGGGUGACUUCUCAAGGAUAUAGACCUGCUCAGGCAUUGAUGCUAUGGAAGCUGCUUUACGGGAACAAUUCAAAGAGUAUUUGGGCACAUUCAUUUGAGGAAUUAGAAGGUUUAAACAAAGACUUAACAAAGACGAUAAGUAAACAUGCUAAAUUGAAAGCAUUACAAGUGAAAGAUAUCAUCACAGCCUCCGAUGGCACUAGGAAGAUUUUGUUUACAUUGGAUGAUGGACUGAUAAUAGAGACAGUGAUAAUACCUAAUGGUGAUAAGGGAAGGAAUACAGUAUGUGUUUCAAGUCAAGUGGGAUGUGCAAUGAAUUGCCAAUUCUGUUUCACUGGCAGGAUGGGUUUAAGGAGAAAUCUAACUGCAGAGGAAAUAGUAGAACAAGCUGUAUUUGCACGUAGACUGUUUACUAGCACAGUGGGUCCCAUCUCAAAUGUUGUUUUCAUGGGAAUGGGAGAACCACUUCAAAACAUUGAAAAUGUGAUGAAAGCUUCAGAUAUAAUGGUUGAUGAACAAGGGCUUCAUUUUAGCCCAAACAAGGUCACCAUUUCAACAAGUGGACUUGUGCCUCAAAUCAAACGAUUUCUUCGUCACUCUAAAUGUGCAUUAGCUGUUAGUCUGAAUGCUACAACUGAUGAAGUCAGGAAUUGGAUCAUGCCCAUUAAUCGGAAGUACAAUUUGAGCUUACUUCUUGACACCCUUCGUGAAGAGCUCCAAUUCAAACAUAAAUACAAAGUCUUAUUUGAAUACGUGAUGCUUGCUGGAGUCAAUGAUAGCAUUGAUGAUGCAAAGCGGAUAAUUGAUCUUGUGAAGGGGAUUCCAUGCAAGAUUAAUCUGAUUACAUUCAACCCGCACAGUGGGUCCCACUUCCAGCCCACAGCAGAUGAAAAGAUGGUUGAGUUUAGAAACACGUUGGCUGAGGGAGGCUUGACUGUGUUCAUGAGACCGAGUAGAGGAGAUGAUCAGAUGGCUGCAUGUGGUCAGUUGGGGAAUCCGGGUGACUUUCAAGCUCCUUUACUUAAAGUGCCUCCAAAGUUUCAACACUCAUUAGACCCAUCCCUAUAACUUGUACAUGAUGCAUUAAGUGUGGUACAUUCGUUUUAAUCAUGAAUUUGUUAUUGAUUUGUUCAGAUUCUUUACUGUUUCUUUUUUACUUAAAAUGGACAGAAUGAGUUAAACCAAAAAACCUGGCUUAAUGAAUGAAUUAAGACACCAGACUGGUUUAUUCACAUAUACCUACUUAUGUUGUUGCUAUUCCAGGCAAUGGGGAUACUUUCCACUCAUUUACUUAUAAAUUGGUUGUGUUAAAUGUGUAUAAAUUUUGUAUUGGACCAAUACAAUUAAUUUGUUCAUAUUAUUUCGAGAUGCUUCUAUAAACUAAGUUUGAGAAUAAUGUUAUGUAAGUUAUAAGAACAACGUGUG